AUGGCACCUGCAAAAAGAAGUACUACUGCUAGUGACAAGAAAUCAGAUACCGCUGCAUCAGCAGCAACAGGAAAUAAUGCACCUCCUCCCGCCACUCGCAAGAGAGGAAGACCUCCAACCAAGAAGGCCGCUGCUAAAGCUGAUGCCGCUAAAAACACUGCCGAGGAAAGUAAGGAAGAAGCUGUCAAGGAAUUGGAUCUUUCCGAGAAGCGACAACAAAAUGAAGAGCCUGUCGUAAAGAGAAAGCGUGGUAGACCUGCAAAACUGAACAGUGAUGGCACGAAGAAAUCAACGGUAAAACAGGCUGAUCCAUUAGCUCCCAAGCGUGGUAGAGGUAGACCAAGAAAGGUCGCUGCCGAGUAA